AUGGCUCCUCAGGCGAUCAUUGCCCCGUCCAUCCUCUCGGCCGACUUCGCCGACCUGGGUGCCGAGUGCGCCAGGACAAUGGAGCGCGGUGCUGACUGGCUCCAUGUCGACAUCAUGGACGGCCACUUCGUCCCGAACCUCACGUUCGGCCCUCCCGUGGUGGCUAAGAUUCGUAGGCACGUUGACAAGCCUACAGAGAGCUACGGCCGGGGUACCUUCGAUUGCCACAUGAUGAUCGCCGAGCCCAAGAAGUGGGUUAAGGAGUUCAAGAAGGCCGGCUGCGACCUGUACUGCUUCCACUACGAGGCUGCCAUCAACUCGACGGCUGCUGAGAGCCCCGAGGCCAAGUCAGACGAGAAAACUAGCCCGCGCGAACUGAUCCGUUUUAUUCACGAGCAGGGCAUGCUCGCUGGUAUUGCCAUCAAGCCCGCCACCAAGGUCGACGUCCUCUACGACAUCAUUGAGGCUGAAGACCCUGCCGAGAGGCCUGACAUGGUCCUCGUGAUGACGGUUGAGCCCGGCUUCGGCGGGCAGAAGUUCAUGGCGUCGGAGCUGCCCAAGGUGGAGGAACUCCGGAAGCGGUACCCGGAACUCAACAUCGAGGUCGAUGGAGGGCUUGGUCCUAGCACGAUCGACCAAGCUGCGGAUGCCGGCGCUAAUGUCAUCGUUGCUGGCAGUGCCGUGUUCGGCGCUCCAGACCCUGCUGCCGUGAUUUCCCUGCUGAGGGAAGCGGUUGAGAAGAGGAUCAACAAGCAAUGA